AUGAACAAUCUUGGUGCUGGCGGCCAAGCUGAGCCUUACGUCGUCAAUGCUGUCAACGUUAUUACGUUUGUCAUCAUGGUCUUCUUUUCUCCUUUGGCGAGCAUUGUCGGCAACCUGAUCGGUCUGAAGUGGAUUGUCGUCUUCGGAACCCUGGGCUAUGUGCCUUACUCUGCUGCGCUGUAUUGCAACUCUCUUUGGGGUACCCAAUGGUUCCUUAUCUUUGGCGCUGUCACAUGUGGCUUCUCGGCAGCUGCCCUCUGGCCCGGCGAAGCAGCGAUUGCGGUUGGCUAUCCUGAAGUUGCUCGAAGAGGCACCUGCAUUAGCAUCUGGAUGGCCCUAGGCAAACUCGGCUCCAUCAUUGCGACCGCAAUUCAACUCGCCAUAAACAAGGACGGCGACACAACCGGCGCUAUUGCUCCCUCGACGUAUCUCGUCCUUGUUGCCAUACAGUGCCUAGGUCUCCCACUCUCUCUUGUAAUUGCCCCUCCAAACAAGCUCAUUCGGAAGGAUGGAAGAAAGCAUGUCUUUGCCAACUCUCAGCGCUCUUUCGUGGUGCAACUCAAAGCUUUUCUCGCCCAAUUCAAACGUAAAGAAGUUCUGCUCUUGAUCCCGGCCUUCAUCACCGCGCAAUGGGGCGUCACAUACCAGGGCAACUACAUGGCGGCCUACUUCACGGUGCGCGCUCGUACGCUCUCUGGUUUCUUGAUUGCAAUCGUCGGUGCCAUCUCCAACCUCCUCGCCGGCUGGUGGCUGGACACGAAGCACCUGCGUCGGACAAUUCAAGCACGCUGGAGUUGGUACUUCUUGCUCGCUCUCUUCACGCUUGUCUGGAUCUGGAACAUUGUUGUGCAGGAGCGAUGGCAGCGUGAGAGUCCCGGGGAGAUUGACUGGAGCAGCCCGAGUUUCGGGGAAGGUGUUGCCAUCUUCAUUCUUUACCGUAUUGCGUACGAGACUGUCGGAGUCUGGCUUUAUUGGGUUCUCGGCACUUUCGACGUGGAGGCGGACACCAUUGCUUUGUCUAUGGGUGUCCUCCGCUCAGGAGAGUCUGUUGGUUCGGCGUUGUCGUAUGCAGUCGGAUCAGUGCGCAGUGCGUCCUUGAUGACCAACCUGAUUGUCUCUGUGGUUGUUUUCUAUGUUGCUGUUCCUGCCACCACUUGGGCUUCUUUGCUUGUCAAGGAUAGGCUUCCCGGGGAGCUGCAUGGCUCUGACAGCGAUGGUGAGGGGUUCGGCCAGACUGACCGUCCUCAAUCUGAUGCGGAGCAAGUUGAGGUGAACCACGACGCCAAGGUAUAA